CAUAAUUUCCUGAAAAUAAAAAAAGGGCCUUUAUUUUAAGCGUGGCUAUAAAUUCGAGCGUAAUAUUUGAUGAGUUAAACCGGGUCGGGGUUUGGAUGGUUUCCCCCUUCCCGAGCGAACCGGUGAACCCUAGCGGACUCGAAGAGGAGGGAGAGCACGAAGGCCCGCCGCUUGGAAGCACGGAGCAGAGCGAGCGGGGGAAGGGAUGGUUUGGUUUCAGUGUGAAGACUGUGGCGAGAACCUGAAGAAGCCCAAGCUCCCGAAUCACUUCCGCAUCUGCUCCGCCUACAAGCUUUCGUGCAUCGACUGCGGGAAGACGUUCGACCAAGAGACCGUGCAGAGGCACACGCAGUGCAUAUCUGAAGCGGAGAAAUACGGUCCAAAAGACCAGGGGAAAGCUUCCCAAAAGGCACAAGAGAAGCCCGACAAACCUAAGCCAAAUGCAGAUGUUGAUGUUAAUGUUGGUUUAUCUUCACGUCCCCCUUGGUUCUGUAGUCUUUGCAACACUAAUACUACCAGCAAGCAGACUUUGCUACUCCAUGCCGAUGGCAAGAAGCACAGAGCAAAAACACGAGCCUUCCAUGCGGCCCAGAAACAAUCUACUCAAACAGUGGAACCAACUUCAAAUAUGGAGAUUGCUGAUGGCAAACCAUCGGCUAAAUCCAUUGAAUCAAAUGGUUUUCUGAAAGCAGAUGAAUCUAGGGAUGAAGAAACUGCCAAGUUGGUUGCAGAAGUUGAAAAUGAAAGUUCGGUGAAGAGAAAGAGAAAAAAUGAUGUAAUUGAGGAUUUUGCCAAAGAUAAUGAGAAAAAUGUGCAUGACUUGAGCAAUGGGGAAGUGAUACAAGCAAGAGAAACAGGAGCAGAGGGUCAACCAAACAAAAAAAAGCAUGUGGAAGAUCAUCAUGAUAAGCAGUGCCACAGUAAAGAAUUUCCCCAGCACAAAAUCAAGUGGAAGAAGCUCGUCACUUCUACCCUCAAGAUGAAUCCAGAUCUUACAAUGAAGGUCAAAAAAUUACAAAAGAUUGUCAUUAAGAUGGUCAAGGAGUCUGGUGUGACUCAAGAUGAGGCACAACUUCGGGGGAUGCUGAUGAACAAGAUCAAUUCAAGCUCCCGGUUUGUGGUUGAUAACAAGAAAAUCCAGUUGGUCAUCAAAGCCAAAGAUUGCUAAUGUCGUCAGCCACAAAGAAAGCCUGUCGGAAUUUUGCACUCUUAUCAUAUGUGUUGAGUUUGGUUCUGCAGCUUCUAGUUUUUGUUGGGCACUCAAACUUAGGCUUGCCUUUGCAACUAUUUUUUGUCAUGAUUCUUGCUGAUUUAAGUGAGAAAAACACAAUUUAGAAAUAGGGUAAAGGGUAAAGUUUCUCUAUAUAAGCAGGCAUCAGCCAUUUGGUUUCUCUGAUGUUAUUUAUCAAGUUGUUUACAUGGAAUGUGUACUAUGAAACAUGGCUGGAGGUUACAGGGAAAUUGAUCACUGGAUGCUUAGUUCACAAAUGAGCUUAAGUUGGCUCAAAGUGAUACUCUCAA